AGGGAAGCUGGGGCAAAGAUGUGUCCGAGUCUCCUAAAAUUAUUGACUCGGGGAGGGGGGGAAAUGAGGGCAAAAUCUCUGCACCCAGCCUUGGCUCCCCGGCCGCCUCCGGGGUCCCCGCGCGGGUGUCCCUGCGCCCCCUGAGAUGCGAAGGAAAGCCAGGAGCGAGGCUCCGGGCUUUUCGAGAACAGCUGCUACCCUCGGCCGGUGAGGGGGAAGACGCCCGGCUCCCGGCGCGGAAUCGUAGCAGGGUCUCUGGCGCAGUUGCGUCGCCGUAGUGAGUGUUGAAGGGAGACGUCCCUGUUAUUAUUUAACACUCUCCUUUUAUUUAUGAGGGUGGGGUGGGAGGUGGUUGGAGAAGGGCUAAGGCUCGAAGCUGAGCUCGCCACCCCAGCCGGAGAGAGAAGGAAAGCCCGCAAAGGAAGGAAGGGGGGCGCGCUGGGGGCAGGGAUGCGGGAGGCGGAGAAGGGAGGCUGGGAGGGGCGGCGGCGCCGGCAGGGGAAGCAGCGAGACGAGGGCGCGCGAGUGGGAACGGGCGCGGCGCUAGGGGCCCGGGAGCGGGAGGGGGCCGAGCGCAACCGCUCCCGCCGCGGCGCCUCUCGCCGCCUCCUUCAGGUGGCGCAAAACUUUGCGCCUUGGGGUUUGGCAGAUCCUAUUUCCCACCGCCGCCGCCGCCUCCCCCGGCCUGUGACUGAGGCCAAAGCUGAUUUCGAUUGCUCGGCGGUUGCGGGGCCGACUCCCGGGCUUCGCGCUCCAGGCUCCCCGGGGGGGAGCAGAAAAGCCCCGCGGCGCUGCGGAGCUGGUUCGCCAAGCUGCAGCGAUGCCCCACAACGUCAGCUUCGCCAACAGAAACUAUGACCUCGACUACGAUUCGGUGCAGCCUUAUUUCUACUGCGACGAGGAGGAGAACUUCUACCACCAGCAGCAGCAGAGCGAACUGCAGCCGCCGGCGCCCAGCGAGGAUAUCUGGAAGAAAUUCGAGCUGCUGCCCACCCCGCCCCUGUCCCCGAGCCGCCGCUCGGGGCUCUGCUCGCCCUCGUACGUCGCGGUCGCCCCCUUCUCGCCCAGGGGAGACGACGACGGCGGCGGCGGCAGCUUCUCCUCCGCGGACCAGUUGGAGAUGGUGACCGAGCUGCUGGGAGGCGACAUGGUGAACCAGAGCUUCAUCUGCGACCCCGACGAGACCCUCAUCAAAAACAUCAUCAUCCAGGACUGUAUGUGGAGCGGCUUCUCGGCCGCCGCCAAGCUCGUCUCGGAGAAGCUGGCCUCUUACCAGGCUGCGCGCAAAGACGGCGGCAGCCCGAGCCCCGCCCGCGGGCACGGCGGCUGCUCCACCUCCAGCUUGUACCUGCAGGACCUGAGCGCCGCAGCUUCCGAAUGCAUCGACCCUUCGGUGGUCUUCCCCUACCCGCUCAACGACAGCAGCUCGCCCAAGCCCUGCGCCUCCCCGGACUCCACCGCCUUCUCCCCGUCCUCUGACUCUCUGCUCUCCUCUGCCGAGUCCUCCCCGCGGGCCAGUCCCGAGCCCCUGGCGCUCCACGAGGAGACCCCACCCACGACCAGCAGCGACUCUGAGGAAGAACAAGAGGAUGAGGAAGAAAUUGAUGUUGUUUCUGUGGAAAAGAGGCAGCCCCCUGCCAAAAGGUCAGAAUCGGGGUCACCCUCUGCAGGCAGCCACAGCAAGCCUCCUCACAGCCCUUUGGUCCUAAAGAGAUGCCAUGUGUCUACCCAUCAGCACAAUUACGCAGCGCCCCCCUCCACUAGGAAGGACUAUCCCGCCGCCAAGAGGGCUAAGUUGGACAGUGGCAGGGUCCUGAAACAGAUCAGCAACAACCGCAAAUGUGCCAGCCCAAGGUCUUCGGACACGGAGGAGAAUGACAAGAGGCGGACACAUAACGUCUUGGAGCGCCAGAGGAGAAACGAGCUGAAACGCAGCUUUUUUGCUCUUCGUGACCAGAUCCCAGAGUUGGAGAACAAUGAAAAAGCCCCCAAGGUAGUUAUCCUUAAAAAAGCCACAGCGUACAUCCUGUCAGUCCAAGCAGAGGAGCAAAAGCUCACUUCAGAGAAAGACGUGUUGCGGAAGAGGCGAGAACAGUUGAAACUCAAACUUGAACAGAUACGGAACUCUUGCGCCUAAAUUGACCUAUUGGAGGGAGGAACUGGACUCCCUCAGGAAAUUCUCAUUUGUUACUAAGGGAAAGUGAGGAAAAAGGUUCCUCUGUCAACUCCUUACAUAGGAACAUCUUUCAUGUGCAUGAACAACCUCACAACCUUGGCUGGAUCUUUAAGACUGAAAGAUUUAGUCAUGCUAUAAACUGCCUCAAAUGGAACUUUGGGCAUAAAAGAACUUUUUUUUUUAUGCUUACCAUUUUUUUUUUUCCUUUAACAGAUUUGUAUUUAAGAAUUGUUUUUAAAAACUCCUGAAUUUCACCUGAUUUUCCUUUGUAAAUAUAGCCAUGAAAUGUAAAUAACUUUAAUAAAAUUUAUAGAAGGUUAUACCUACUAUAUAGGUAAAUUUUUUUAUUUAAGUACAUUUUCCUUUUUAAAGUUGAUUUUUUUCUAUUGUUUUUAGAAAAAAUAAAAUACCUUCAAAUAUAUAAUUGAGCCAAA